AUGGCCGCUGCUAGGAACAUAUUUAUGCGAUAUUGGUAUAGGCCAGAAAUAGUCCCGAUUUAUGUUGUAACUGGUAUAGCAGUUGCCGGUGCCGGUUGGUACCUUACUCGUCUUGCUCGUGGCCCAGAUGUCACCUGGGACAGGAAAAAUAACCCUUACCCAUGGCUCAAUGUUGAUCAAAAUACUCAAGUCAAGCUUAUUGCUAUAAACCAGAAAUUCGACAAGACGUAUUCACGCGAUCGAUUCUAG